CCCGGCAGAACUUUGGUAUGGGAGGGAGAUUGACUUUCCCGUGGAAGCCUUGAUACCUACCUGGAACAGGGUCAGGAAGAAACCUUAGAAAAGCAAAAAUGGAAUUCGACAACGAGAAUGACAGCGGGGCGAUCAACAGACCUACCGAAGGGGGAGGAGCGGGACCAAGUCGAGAACGGAGGACUGCCAAGAGAAAGUUGUACAUAGGGUUCAUGUCCAAACAAGUGGUAGGCAGGGGAGCAAGGAAACGCGUGUGUAGAGGACCUUCGCCCCUCCGGAAGGGAGAAGGCAUAUGUAUCUCAUCCGAAAGUGAGAGCGAGGAGGAAAGGGCGAAUGUGGGAGAACGCGAAGGAACUAGGGCCUCGACCGAAGGAAGGGCCGAGGGACGCGAACAGCAUGAGCCUUGGCCUGGGGAGAACGAAGGGAGACAGGACUGUGUGCGACGAACGUGAAGACGGGGGAGAGAGGAGGGAAAGCCCGCAUGAAGAGCGGAGCGGUCAUGACAGCUGUGAAGGGAGAUACCCGGACUUUGAAGAGGGAUACGGAAGGAGGACGGAGAUUCCCUACAACUUGGAUCCAAAGAACUUCACAGGUGAGUUUAGCCCCAUACGGACGGAAGAAGAGGUGGAUGAGGAGGAAGAAGUACAAGAGGUCAUAGAGGUCAGCAGUGGCGACGAGUGGGAUGAGAUCUCAAGACCUAGAAAAGAGAGGUGGCCCCCGAUACGCGAGCCACGCGAAGAAGCCUGCAGGUGGGAAGAUGAGUUUGGGCCAACGCCCAGUCAUUGCUUUCAACAAUGGCUCAGUGUGAUCAAGCAUGAUUGGCUCAUCAAGACUAGGGAACUCGCGGAGGCAGGAGCGGCGGCCACACCUUUGGAUUUUUACAGUGAGAGAAAACUGCAAGAAAUUGCGAAGAGGAAGAGAGAGAUCAUGGCCUCCGACCUGGGAGUUAAAAAGCCAGCGGAAAGGCAGGAUGGGCAAGACACCGAGCGAGCUGAGGCACAUGACAGCAAUAAGGAUUAGAUAUUAUUAGCAUUGAACAAGA